GGGUGGCUUCUGCCCGUGCUGCUGUCGUAGACGCGGACGGCUGUUCGUGUUGGCGGCUGUUGGUUCGCGGCGGCGGCGGCGGCGGCGGCGGGGGAAGAGGGCGAGGCGACGGGGAGAGGAGGCGGCUGGCGCGGCGGCGACGGCGGUGACCGGGGCCCGCGGCGGCGGCGGCGGCAGCGAAGGGGGCGAAGAUGGCGGACGUGCUCAGCGUCCUGCGACAGUACAACAUCCAGAAGAAGGAGAUCGUGGUCAAGGGGGAUGAAGUGAUCUUCGGGGAGUUCUCCUGGCCCAAGAAUGUGAAGACCAACUAUGUAGUUUGGGGGACUGGAAAGGAAGGCCAACCCAGAGAGUACUACACAUUGGAUUCUAUCUUAUUUCUCCUUAAUAAUGUGCACCUUUCGCAUCCUGUUUAUGUCCGGCGUGCAGCUACUGAAAAUAUUCCUGUGGUUAGAAGACCUGACCGAAAAGAUCUACUUGGAUAUCUCAAUGGGGAAGCCUCAACAUCAGCAAGCAUAGACAGGAGUGCCCCCUUGGAAAUAGGUCUUCAGCGGUCUACUCAAGUCAAAAGAGCUGCAGAUGAAGUUUUAGCAGAAGCAAAGAAACCACGAAUUGAGGAUGAAGAGUGUGUGCGCCUUGAUAAAGAGAGGUUGGCGGCUCGUUUGGAAGGCCAUAAAGAAGGGAUCGUGCAGACUGAACAGAUUAGGUCUUUGUCUGAAGCCAUGUCAGUGGAAAAAAUUGCUGCAAUCAAAGCCAAAAUUAUGGCUAAGAAAAGAUCUACUAUCAAGAGCGACCUGGACGACGACAUAACUGCCCUAAAGCAGAGGAGCUUUGUGGAUGCUGAGGUAGAUGUGACCAGAGACAUUGUCAGCAGAGAGAGGGUGUGGAGGACAAGAACAACCAUUUUACAGAGCACAGGAAAGAAUUUUUCAAAGAAUAUUUUUGCAAUUCUUCAAUCUGUAAAAGCCAGAGAAGAAGGGCGUGCCCCUGAACAACGGCCUGCUCCAAAUGCAGCCCCUGUGGAUCCUACAUUGCGUACAAAACAGCCUAUCCCAGCUGCUUACAACAGAUAUGACCAGGAAAGAUUCAAAGGCAAAGAAGAAACGGAAGGCUUUAAGAUCGAUACUAUGGGGACCUACCACGGCAUGACGCUGAAGUCUGUAACGGAAGGUGCAUCUGCCCGUAAGACUCAAACUCCUGCAGCCCAGCCUGUACCUAGACCAGUGUCUCAAGCAAGACCCCCCCCAAAUCAGAAGAAAGGGUCACGAACACCCAUUAUUAUUAUUCCUGCAGCUACCACUUCUUUAAUAACUAUGCUUAAUGCAAAAGACCUUCUACAGGAUCUGAAAUUUGUUCCAUCAGAUGAGAAGAAGAAACAGGGUUGUCAACGAGAAAAUGAAACACUAAUACAGAGAAGAAAAGACCAGAUGCAACCAGGGGGCACAGCAAUUAGUGUCACAGUACCUUACAGGGUAGUAGACCAGCCCCUGAAGCUGAUGCCUCAGGACUGGGAUCGAGUUGUGGCUGUUUUUGUACAAGGUCCUGCUUGGCAGUUCAAAGGUUGGCCAUGGCUUCUCCCUGAUGGAUCACCAGUUGACAUAUUUGCGAAAAUUAAAGCCUUCCAUCUCAAGUAUGAUGAAGUUCGUCUAGAUCCAAAUGUUCAAAAAUGGGAUGUAACAGUAUUAGAACUCAGCUAUCAUAAACGUCAUUUGGAUAGACCAGUUUUCUUACGUUUCUGGGAAACAUUGGAUAGAUACAUGGUAAAGCAUAAAUCCCACUUGAGAUUCUGAAUCAUUUAAUUCCUCCUUUUCUGAAGACUUGGAUUAAGAAGCAUGGAUAUAGCUUGAUCUACAGACUGAAACCAAGCUUUAUGAAUUCAUGAAGAACUUGUAAAUGAAGAAAGACACAGACUAGUCUUUUAUAAGACCCUGUUUGACGCUGUGUGCUUCAAAGGGGCAAUGCCUCUCAUCCAUACAAGCAAACUUUUUUGGCUUACAACUAUUUUUUUAAUAUUAGCCUUCUAGUCUGUAAUGGAAAUUGUAUAUUUUGAUAGAAGUUUUUCUCUAUUGGUUAAAUUAGCAUUACUUAAAAUUUGUUUCUUUAGAAAUAAAUAGAGGUUAUAAAUGUGUGUAUAUUUAGGACUUAUUAGGCUCUUCAAGCCAUCUUGCUUCUGAUUUUUCAUUGCUCUGUGGUUCCUUUUACUGGAAAGUACUGUCAUGAUGGUAUUAAAUUUUAGACUAUAGAACUUCAAAACCCUAUCGAAGGGAAAUAACUAUUAAAUCAGUUGAAAGUCAGCCUGUGUGUAUACUAUGUCUAUACUAACUCAUGUUGAAAAAGGAAUAAUGAAAAAUCAAGAACAAGUCUUCAGUUUCGGUUGAACUGUUCAGCCUUCUCAAGAUUUCUUUUGUAAAUGAAUACAUUUAAUGAAUGUACAUUCUCUUUGUUGACUUUGAUGAUUUUAAACUUAAAGUGAUAUAUUUCUAUCUGGGAUGUGUUUCCACUUGAAAAGAAAUCUUAAAAAAAUAACAAAGAUUAAAGUGAAAUAGAUUGAAGUGAUUUUUACUUGGGAAGGUAAAGUAUGAUUUGGGGGAAUGAGUAUGUGUCAGCGUAGUUACAGUGUAACUUGAACCUCUUCUAAGUCUGACUAUGAUUCUUAUUUUAUAUGCGAUAAGAUUUUGAGUCUUUGUACACAUGUCAACUUGGGACUUCUUAUCUUCCAUUAUCCCUAAAUAUUGAUAAAUUCCCAGGCACCAAAGAACACAUUUGCUUACGUGUCUGAACAGAAACAAGAUAAAAACACUGGUAUUUUUAUGUGUGUGUGUUCAAUGUGGUAUAAAAUAUAAAACCUAUAUUUUAACUUAGUAAAAUAUUUUACUAUUCCUCUACCUUAGACAGAGUAUUGCAUCCAAGCUGCAAUGAAUGACCAUAUUCCUUGAGUCCUGGUUUUGUCUUUUACUACUUAAGGAAUGUUCAUUCCUUGAAACUGAUUUUAUCAUUGGAGUUCUUUUUGACUCUCUACCUUGUAUCUUGGUUCCGCAGUGACUAUCUCUUAGGUUAUCCAAUUGGGGGAGCACAGUAAAAACAUUUAGCUCUUGCUUUUAUUCAGGUAAAUUUAUUUACUUAGUAAUUUUUUUUUACUUAGUAAAUAAAUAGAUUCAUUUACUUAGCCUCUUUAGAACUUAAUGCUAUCAUAAAGAUGAAAAACAAUUAUUAUUUAUUUUUUUAACUUCUAACAAAGUCCAUUAUCAGUAAAAAUGGGAAGUCAUUUAUUCAGAUGGAAUCCAGGGGGCUCUCCAGAAGAAAAGCAGCUAAUGUUUUCAAUGGCUUCAGUACUUUUGUAGUUUUAGUAGGUUCUGUCCACAGUUUCCCAUUCUUGCAUUCUUUUCUUGAUGAUAAAAGAAAACUCACUUUGUUCACAGAACUUCUCAGCAUAAAAUUUUUCUUAAAUUAUGUAUUGAAUAAACUUCCUUCAAGUGAAAUAUUAAGCAACUCAAACCUGUAAUACUUUAAUGUAACAUUACUUGGUAGGACUACUGCAAAAGACAUGAACUACCUACUACCUUUUCAUAAAGAUGUUUGGUAUUUGUUCUUAAUAACUGAAGUUUGAUUGAUAGCUGAUUUUGGUUAAAAUUAAUCCUUUGUACACGGUUUAUUCUCUAUUUUAAAUGUGCUUUGUGGGUAUCAUCUUUAGCAUCAGUAAAGCUUGGGCUGUGCUUUACAUGCAUCUGGAAGUCAGAUCCUUUGUGUGUACUAGGAUGUCUUGUUUUAUUUUUAAGAUUUAAAAAUAAUUUUUUUCAAUAUAGCAAGGUAAUGAAUUUUAUGGUAGCAUUUUAAGGGAUCCAUGUCAUCUUUCAUUGUUCUUUUCCUAGCCCCAGCUCUCUUGCCUCCAUUUUUUUCUUUGCUUUCACAUAUAUCUUUCUUUCUCUUUUUCUACCUCACCUCUUCUUAGUAGCUCUUCUUCCUUCUGUAUUAUAUAUAGUCUUUCUUUCGUUACCUAUACAUAGACAUGGACAUAAAUUUUAAAAUAUUUAAUCUCAACAUUGUGGACUAUUAAGUGAUUUGUGAAUUUUUAGUGGGUAAUUAUAAAAAUAACAUGAAAAAGGAAGUGAUGAAAAACAUCCACUGUGCUCUCCCAGUCGGUCAGUCAUUAUUGUCUUGUGACUCAGUUGUACAGCAGCACCUAUCCGGUGCUUUGCACAUUCAGGCAUUCAGUAGUUAGUUAUAUGUGUAAAUGGAUGGUAUAUUUUCAGCAUAAGACUGUUAACACAGUUUUGACUUUAUUUGAUCUUACAAUUUGAGAAUAUACAAUUCUAGGGCAUGUGAAGAAAUAGAUAAUUUAAUAAAAAUGAAGUACACAUUACUAAGUUCAGCUUCCUAUAAUUUAUUGAUGGAGGUACUCCUGCCAGCUUUACUUAAAGAAAGGUUCUCUGUUAUUUAUAAUCUCCUAAGUAACAGUAAGAAAAAUUAUGUAGUUUUUAAACAGAAGCUCACCAUUUGGAGACAUUUAAAAAUACUAAUAAUUUUCAAAAGUUUUUCAGAAAAAAAUUUUUUUGAGAAAGGGGUAAGAUUCACCUAUUUACAUUGUUAUUGGAAGUAGUGCCAGCAUUAAAGAUCUUGGUUUCUCCUCUUUUCAUUUAUGUAUGUUUUGUGUGUGUGUGGAUUUAUUUUUCGAGGCCACUCUUUGCUCUAGACCAUCUCUUACAUUGGUGAUAUUGGCCUAUAUCCCCUAAUGACAAAUUCAAAUCUUAUUUAUUUAAGGAGUAUUUUGCUGUUUAAUAUUUAAACAACAUUUAAUAUAUUUUAUUAUUAAUUAGUAUUAUAGCUUACAGUUUGUUUCCUGUUUGCUUAUUGCUUUACUAAGUAUUUUUUAGCAGAGGCAGAAUGGCAGCUUAUACAGGAAUAAGUAAUUCAUGCUAAAGAAAACCUCGAGGCUUUUAAGUUCAAGGAACUAUUAUUUUCUUUGCUAUGCAGAGUAGGAUACAAUUUAAUUAUGAAAAGAAAGGCAUAGUAUGAGUUAGUUUACAUAAAAAUGUUUUCACCUAAAGAAGAUUCACUAUUUAAUAAGCAUUGAAGAGAUUUUUACCUAAAUAAAAAUUUCUGUGACUCUUAAUACAAAGUGAUGACAGUGUUCUUUUUUUUUUUUUUUUAAAGUGGGCAGGGAUUAUUUCUUACACUGAUAAGCUAUGCAAGAUGUUUUGACAUUUUACAGUAUCUUACAAUACUAUAAUACAGUAGUUACUGAAGGUGGUCAGAAUUAUCCAUUUAGAAGGUGUCUUUAAAUUAAAUUGGGUUUUGUUUGUUUUAUUGUUAUUUGUUGGCUUGAGAAUAAUCCCAGAGUCAUCUGCAUUCUAGGCAAGCACUUCGUCCACUCAGAUUCCGAACCAUGAAUUGUGAAAUUAUUAGAAUACAUAGCUAAACUAGAGAAGUUUGUUUUUGCUUCCCUACCCCAGGGAAAGUUCUUAAAGCAUGAGUGUGAGUGCUCAUAUAUGUACGCACAUUCAAGUCGAAAGAACUGCCUUUCUGUUGAGUUCAAAUUCAUGUAGAAUGUUGAGGGAAAAAAAAAUAAGGUAAAAUCUGUAGAAAUUUGGUUUUAACUGAAAAGCUGGUGGUGUUUUUCAAAUGAAUGAAAUUUAAAUUAGAUUCACUUUGAAAUUACCGAACUUAACCACUUGUGUUUUAUUUUCACAUGGCGAUGCUCUUUAAUUUUAUAGUAAAAUGGAGAAUUGACUAAUCUUGACUUAGAGAAUUUGAUUAGGGAUUUAAAUUAGGUGCUAAAUUUAUUGGUGUAUUCAUGGCCAUGUGUAGAAGGAUAUGUUGGCACUAACAUAGUUUCUGCACUAACAUGUUGGCAGAACAACUAAAGAAAAAUUGAAAAUGUACAGUAGCUGUAUAAAUAUUUUUAAUAAGUACACAGUAGAUUAAUUAUGCUUUCAGAUCAUUGAUGUUCUUGGGGUUGUGUGUUAGGAACUGUUCAUAAGAGUAUCUUGGAAGUUAUAAAUUGCCUUAUACUGAAAUGCAGUAAGGAUUUUUAUAUGAAUAAAAUUUGUGGAUACAACUAGUUUUGUGCCAAAAUUAUAAAGAUGGGAUUAUAAUAUGUCAAAAUUAAGCAAACGUUCCUUCCAAGUAUUUUGUAUGCUGUUAAAUUUUGUUUCUAUUUUAAAUGUAAGUAAAGCUACUUAACCUCCAACUUGGGUUAGAUUUCUGAAUAGGUAACCUUAUUCCCUUCCACUGUAACAGCUUGCUUAAUCAUUAAGUUUGUGAAGCAGAGCAGUUCCUGAAUGGAUCUUACUUUGAAGCCUCUGUUAUCUGAUAAAAUGUUCCCAUACUCAUUUCAUUUUGGGAACUUUUUGAAUUGUGGGCUUUAUUUUAUAUAGAACAGUUUACAGUUAAUCUUGGAAUAUACCUACCAUCCCUUAAUUUCCCCCAAAAGACUCCAAAUAAAACAAAAGUGAGAGAGAGAGAGAGAGAGAGAGAGAGAGAGAGAGAGAGAGAGAGAGAGAAGAGAAGAGAGAGAGAGGAGAGAGAGUGAGAGUGUAUGUGUGUGUGUGUGUGUGUGUGUGUGUGUGUGUAUGUGUGUGUACAUACCCAAUGUAUAUCUACCAAGAAGGCAGAAGUAUUGUCAGUUUGGGAUGUUGUCUUUAUGUAAAGUGACUCAGUGGGAUUUGUCAGGCAUAGUAUUUCUGUUCAGGAAAUAAAGAUGUUUACUUUUUGGAACCAAUGGGUUAAAUCCUGUUAGUCUCUUUUUUUCAGUUAAUAAGUAAUUCCUAGAAUUCUUCAUUAAGGCAGCAGGUUUUAUGGCUUAUUGAACUUAUAAUUGAAGUAUGUCAAAUUUCUUGUUAUUAUAAUAGUAUUAAAACUAUAUCCCAGUAUUUUACAUAUAAAUAUCCUGAUUUUAACAUAAAUUUCAACACCACAUUCCCAUAUGAUCAAAUAAUUAACAUUGUCAUAUUGGCAAUGCCAGAAAUAACAUGUGAAUCUGAUAGGACAGUUUUCUAAUGAAGGACUUAAUGGGCCAUAUUUAAAUUUAAUUUUUGUGUUCUUCAUAAAUGCUCAAUAAAUAUGAACUUCUGUUUUC